GCCGCUUUAAUUAAUGAGACCGCCGGAGAGAAGAGGAGGGAGACGCCGAGGAUGCAGAUGAAGAGAGAAGCAGCAUCCGCCGGUCGCCCUCCAUCUUCUCCCUGCAGGAGGACGCCGCGUGUCGCCGCUUCGUUUCACCGCCUUGAGGUGCUGAUACCGGGUGUAAUCUGAACCCGCAUGCCUGCAGGAAAACCUCCAAGAUCCCCCCCGCCUCCCUCCUCUGCUCUCCAUCCUGCGAUGCAUGCACUGUCGAUGCGUCACAGCCGUUCAUCCUGCGUCGUUUCUUCCGCGUCGCAGCCUCCUUGCAUGUUUGGGUUAUGAAAUCGGCUGCAAAAACGCGGCCUCCUCUCUCCUGCUCCACACAUGGACUCUGUAGCCUCCAUGGCUUAUGUUAAACGCGUCAACAUUUCCGCGGAUUGCGCGUCCUUGCUCGCCUACCCGGCCUUUUGCUUCUCUACUCUCCUGUUCGCCGCCCAUGCGUCACCGCUGCCGCGCCACCGCAUCUCCGCCUCUUCCGCACAUGGACUCUGAGAUCUAACGUCGUCUGCGCGUCUGCCGCUGAUGCGGUGCGCCUGGGUGCUCGCCGUCUCCUCGUCCUGGCCGCUCAGUGAUCCUCCGCUCCGGGGGGGCUGGUGUCCGCAGAGAGGCAGGAUGGUGCGGAUCGCCAGCGCGCUGGGGCUGGUCAUGUUCAGCGUGGCGCUGCUCAUCCUGUCGCUCAUCAGCUACGUGUCAAUCAAGAAGGACUUCAUGCUCAGCACCCCCAGAUACGGAGCCAACGGAGGACCCAGGAUGUCCAUGUUCCACGCGGGGUUUCGCGAGAGGCCGCCUCGUAAACCUGACCUGAGCUCCCAGCUGGCACUGAAGUAUCUGGAUCCAGCUUUCACCCCUCUGACCAACUCUCUCAGCGAGGACCUGCAGAACUCCUCCAAAUGGACCUACAACAGCACUGCUUUUUUACAACUGAAAAAGGAGAUCUCUAAAUACAUUGACAUCCCCCACAACUUCACUCUGAUCAGAGACUCCGUCCGAAUCGGACAGCUGAUGCACUACGACUACUCCAGCCACAAAUACGUCUUCUCCAUCGGCGAGAACUUCCGCUCACUCCUCCCCGAGGUCUCGCCGAUCCUCAACAAGCACUACAAUAACUGCGCCGUCGUUGGCAACAGCGGCAUCCUCACCGGCUCGCGCUGUGGCCCCCAGAUAGAGAAGUUUGACUUUGUCUUCCGCUGCAACUUUGCACCAACCGAGAUCUUUAAGAAGGACGUUGGGCGUCGGACCAACAUGACGACCUUUAAUCCCAGUAUCUUGGAGAAAUACUACAACAAUUUGCUGACCGUGCAGGACAGGAACAACUUCUUCUUGAGUCUGAAGAAGCUCGACGGCGCCAUCCUGUGGAUCCCAGCGUUUUUCUUCCACACGUCAGCAACGGUGACAAGGACGCUGGUCGACUUCUUCGUGGAGCAUCGAGGUCAGCUGAAGGUCCAGCUGGCCUGGCCCGGAAACAUCAUGCAGUAUGUCAACAGCUACUGGAAAACCAAGCAGCUGUCGCCGAAGCGCCUGAGUACUGGCAUCCUGAUGUACACGCUGGCGUCCUCCAUGUGCGAUCAGAUCCACCUCUACGGCUUUUGGCCCUUCGGCUGGGACCCCAACACGGGGAAGGAGCUGCCGUACCACUAUUAUGACAAGAAGGGCACCAAGUUCACCACCAAAUGGCAGGAGUCCCAUGAGCUGCCUGCUGAGUUCAAACUGCUCUACAAGAUGCACAUGGAGGGACUGUUGAAGCUCUCGCUCUCCCACUGUGCUUAGGGCUAAAACUGCAGCGCUCCCUCAGACUCCUCUCUUCCACAGGCCAGAGUAGCCGAAAUGACGAGGCAGAUGAGGGAAGGAUUCAUGUGGUUUUGCCAAAAUCAAAGUCUUGGCUCGGGGUCAGUGCACUGGGCUCAAACUGUUUUUAGCCCAAAAGCUCCAUUUGACAAACCGUUGGUGCAGCUCAAGAAAUGAGUAAUGUUCAUUUUCUACUGCUCAAGAAUCUAAAGACGAAGAGUUUUGGAAAAGGUGGCUGCAGGCGGACUUCUAAGGCAGCGUUGCUCAGCGCUUCACGGUGUUUUUAUUCACUGUUCACUCUUAGGACUAAAGCUACAGAUCAGCAGACUGAUCGCUUAAAACCAACACUACCACUGCAUAAAAGAAGGCACGUCCAUCCUUCAUUUCUACGAGACUACCUUGUCAUAGCAGUUCGGUUCCUGACGUGGUGUCAUGCCAAUGCUCUGGCAGCCCAAAUUUCUGGAGCCCCUUUAGUCUGAAAAUGUCCCAUUGGAUCCGAAGUCCAUUCCUCCAUCAGUCUGUUAUCCCAAAAGCAAACGUCCAUUGCUCAGAUGUCUCAUUUCUCCAAAAAUACACAGUCUGUGUAGUUAGUUUCAUUUUCCCAGCAGUGUUUGAGCCACCAAUUGUUAGUCCAGUUAGCCAAUAAUCCCUGCGGUCACUUUCUCAGUGGCACUGAGCCACCAGUAGCGGGUGGUUUUAUCGACCAUUUGGCUGAAUCUAUAUGUCCACCUUUUACAUUUGUGGACUUCUCUCAUACGUUUUGUGACGAUGUCAUCACGUGAAGUUUGCGGGGGCCGAGACUGCAAGCUGCCGAUAGAAAGGCCUCGAGUCUGUUUCACUUGUUGCCAUGGAAACAAGCACAAUCAUGUACACAGUGAUUGCUGUUGUUAUAUUCUGUCUGCUCAUCUGUCCCGACGGAUAAUUUAAAUCCCAAGUUUCGUCUUUUUUGCGCCCGCAAAGUCCAGAGAUUUGCAUUCAGCCUUUGUGGUAUUUCCCAGUGGUGUUUGAGCCAUCGAUUUCGGGUGUUUUUUACCGACCCUUCACAGAGUUUCCCAGCUACAUCUGAGCCACUGAACUCAGGUGUUUUUCACCGAACCAUUACUGCUUUUCAAGCAACUUUUGUUCCACCGAAACAUGGAUGUUUUGAGGGAAAACAUUACAUUUUCCUCACUAUAGCCAAGUGUUUUUCUAACCACACAAUCACCACAGCACAGUUUACAGAUGUAAUGCAUCGGUAGUUUACAGAAACCUACAAUGUGAACAACAGCAAGGAAAGAGCAUUUUUGGAGAAACUGGACUGCGGAGCAUGCACAUUUGUUUUUUGGAUAAUAAGCUGUCAGAGGAAAUGGAUUUUUGGUUCAAUAGUACAUUCUUCGUACUAAGUUUGGGUCAAUAAAGCAGUGGGCAGUCCCUCCUGAUGAAGGUUGCCCAGGCGAAAUAUAUGAACCUCGAUCAGUACUUUGCUGCAGUUUCCCGUCCAUGCGAGCACUGCUGUAACAAAAUCUCUGUCCAAAUGAAUAUACAAUUGAAGCGCUGUCAAGUUCUUGCAGAUAAAGUGUUAACAUGCCUCACAUAUCCAUUAACAUUUACACAUCCAGCAGUUACAGAGCAACGUUAUCAUCACUUGUGUUGCUGUUGUGUCCACCUGAUGAAUGUAAGUUCAAUAUUAAAUCUCUUUUAGCUCCGUUUUUGGUCUCCACCUCCUGAGAGAAAUAUUUGGCUCUUUAGCUGCUUAAAUGCUCCACUUUCUUCACCAGCAAGUUGUUAACUAUCUCUAAGAAGCACAGAGAGGCACAGAGAGGUUUGUUGGAUUCAAGACAGUAAAUGUCAAAAUUAUGGAAAGAAGCUGAGCUGUUUGCUUACUUUUUUUUUUUAGUAAGUUUAGAUGUGCAUAUGGUAACAUUACCACAAGAACAAAUUUGAGGAGUUACUGCAAAUGUACCACGAAUAAACGUCAAUUCUACGAUGUAGUUUAGGAAUAGGCUGUGGGCUGUGUUCAAAAAUAUUUGAAAAUUUUAAAAUUAUGUGUUUAUUUAUAUAAAAGUGACAACCCUACUUUGUAAAGAUUACUAAUGUAGCUGGUUUUGUGGCCAGCACUAUGCAACUUUCAGCCGCUAUUCAUCACCCUGACAUCCAUACUUUUACUUCCCACCUCACUACAUAACUGCCUCACUACAAUCUGCUUUGGUACCAUUUGAUAACACUGCAAAUUCAUCUACAUAAUUUAAGGUAUAUUGACUGCAAUUUGAGACAGAAAUAAUUACCUUUGACAACAAAAUGAGGACACAAACCAGAUGUUUGCCCUAUACUGAAGCACACUGCAUUUAUCUUUAAAGAUACACUAUGACUAUAUCUAUGUGAAGAAGUUUCAGAUCUUUUGUUUGUUAAGAAACUUGUUUGAGCAACAAAAAAAAUCAGGAAAAACAUCUUGAACUGAAUUCCGAUUUCUUACUUUCUUGGCCUGUUUAUGUGAUUUUAAUAUGUCCAACAUAAGACAGCAUGAGACAAGAGGAUAAACGCAUAAUUCCUGAAGCCGGUAGAGUUUUUUUUUGUUGGAGCGGGAUGAUUCAAACUGUAACAAAACAGUCUGUCAAAAAGAAAACGCGACAUCUCAACACCAUUUUACAUAUGAUGACUUCAACCACAGACACAUGAUUUCCAAGCAUAUCAAAUCUGAAUGAUAAUAUUUGGCGUGUGCUUUCUGUUUAUGUAUUUUCAUAUUUGCUGCAGUGUGUUAAUGAGACAACAAAAGCUAGAGAAACUGGGACUAUUUUUUUAAUCCGCUGCUGAAUCUCAGCGCUGUCUCACCUUUUUAUUUGUUGUUUUUUUAGUCUGCUAUGGUUUCAUUCCAACAUGAGACAUUUAUGACUUGAAACGUGACAUUUUCAGGACUUUGACAAAAAGAUUGUUGGCAUGAAGGUUAAACUUACAAUUUAAUACUCUCAGUAAUAAUGUUAUUUUUUGACUUGAGCACAUUACGAACUCCUUAAUGAGAUGUAAAUGUGUUUUAUUUUUGUCUUCUUUUGUUGCCUUUUAUUUUUGUAAUGUAAAAUAUCAGUCAGUAUCAGGUAACAUUUCUCCAGAAUGUAUUUUUUUGCAUUUUGAAUGAUAUUAAUAACUCUGGCUCCAUCCAUAUCGACAUGCCUGUAGAGAUCACUCUAUGAAGGGUAAUAUAUAC